AUGGUGCAUCAGGAUGUCGGAUUCAAGACCAUUGAUGGCCUUACCUUGCGGGGCUGGCUCUAUCCCAGUAAUGCCACGGGGCGAGGCCCAGCGGUCAUACUCACUCCAGGUUUCGCAUGUGUCAAGGAGAUGUUCAUCCCCGAAGUGGCCGAGGCCUUCCAGCAAGCAGGCAUCACGGCGUUGACCUACGACCCCCGUUGCACUGGCCACAGCGACGGCCACCCACGCCAGGAAUUGGAUCCCAAUGCCCAGGUCUCCGACUACAGCGACGCUCUAGGCUUUCUGGCCGCACAACCCUCCGUUGACCCCGCACGAAUUGCCUUCUGGGGGUUCUCCUUUGCCGCAAUCGUCGCCCUUUGCGCCGCGGCCCUAGACAAGAGAGCCUGCGCCGUGAUCGCCUGCUGUCCACUGACGGACUACAGCUUCGACGGCAAAAAGACUAAAGUGCUCGCUAAAGCGUUCAAAGACCGCGAGUCACAGUUGAUGGGAAACGAGCCUUUUGCCCUGCCCAUUCUCACCGAGAAAGGAGAGUCCCCCGCGGGGUUCGGCGGGGUGACAGACCCGGAAAAUUAUCGUCUGAUUCAGAAUGCCUUCAGAGCCGCUCCCUCAUAUCAGAACCGCGCGACGAUACAGAGCUACUAUAAGAUUGCAGCGUGGAACCCGCUGGGAUUGGUGCCCAUGGUCGCCCCGACACCGUGUUUCAUGCUCACGCCCGAGAAUGAUCGCAUUUCCAAACCAGAAGAGCAGGAGAAGGCUUUUGAUUCCAUCCCCGGAGACAGGAAGCAGCGGCAUGUCGAGCAUGGGAAGGGCCAUAUGGAUAUCCUAUCGGGCGAGUCAUUUUCGAUGUUGAUGAGAAUGCAGGUGGAAUUUCUGAAUAAAGAAUGGUGA